AUGGCAAGCGAUUCGAGGAGACAAAGCCACGUGGCGAGUUCGAGUUCGAGGAACUCGAAUAAUUUUGCGAGCACAAGUUCAGCCGCCAAUUUUAGCUUGAAUGUGAGUUUUUUUGGAGAACAUUACGAAAAAAAAAGGAAUUUUUGUAUACAUUUUAAUUUUCUGAAGAUUUAAUGUAAAAUUCCCAUUUUUCUCUUAAAAAAUUUAGAAUAUUACAUAACUUUUGAAUGAGAAUUCUAGUAUUCAAUUUGAAAAAAACUACGGAACCAACUUUGAAAACGUAAUUUUAUAUAUAAAAUUCAAGGAAAAUCACAAAGUUCCAGCUCUAGAAGUUAUUUUUCAUGAAAAUUUCGAAGUUUUCUAUAAAAUCCUACACUUCCUCAAUAAUCCAGCAUUUUUGACUCAAAAUUUGGUUUUGCAGGGUCGUGGAUUUCUUCUCGAAAUCGAUAAUCGUCAAAAUCGAAAUACCGUAUCUUCAGCAAUUCGAAAACAUGGAGGAGAAAUUGUUGUAACUUAUCAUGAGGAAAAAUUACCAUGGGUAAGUAGAUGUUUUGAUAGAAAUUCAAGAUUUUUAAAAUUACUAAUUUCAAUUUUUAGGUAGUUGUUUCUGAUCAUGCAUGGGCCUUGAAAAUUGAGCAGAAAAAAGUGGACAUUGAGAAUCCGAGUGAAAAAGUGAGUUUUUUCUUGAAAUUGUUAAAAUAAGUGGUUUAUCUUUUCAGAUGUUAAAAGCGUUGCCGUCGUUAUUGAGAGAAGCUGUUCAGAGAAAAAUUAAGGUGAGAUUUUUUGAGAAAAACAUUUGAAAUACUUUAAAAUUACCAAUAUUUCUCCAGAAAAAAUUGAAAAAGUUGAAAAUUUUUUUUAUUUUUCGAACACAAAAUUAAUUUUUCAAGGUGUUCCCUCAGAAUCGUCUAAUUUUUUGAAAAAACGGUCCACUUUCAAUCUAAAAUUCUAAAUUGUCUAUUUUUUGCAGAUUCGAACAGUCGAAACAUUUAUGAAACAAAUAACACGUUGGGCAAAAGGAAAAACAAAAACAGCAUCAGCAACAAAUUCAACUGGAACAAUGAAAGCUAUUUCAAGAUUACCUAUCACACAAAAUACAACGACAAAAGUGGUAAACAACACUCCGGAAUUACACCAGCAAAAAGAAUAUUUGAAAAGAAGAAGUUGUAAUAUAUCAACAACAACAAAUGCAAAUAAUCGAAAAUCUUCUUCAUCCUCAAAAAGUUUUGUUCGAAUUGAUGUUCCAAGAAAAAGACCCGAUGUUAGGGUAAGUCAGAAAAUUUUUCUAAAAUUUUUGUGUGUUAGUUCUAGCUCAAUCCAUAGAAUUCAGAGUUUUCCCUCCAUUUUUCACUUUCAAUAAUUCCCCAUAUUUUUUGCAGAUAAUCGAUAAAUGCUUAUUUUCCCAAUUUUAUACUGGAAAUGAUGCUGGAUUUAGUGUAUUUCGUCAAGCUGAUCCUUCUUUGACUGAAAGACGAACUCGAGAUUUUGAUCAAUUUCUGCGCGGCGAUUUUCAACCAGCGAAAAAGUUGAAUUACAAAUUGGAAGAUGAAGAAACUUAUUGUCAAUUUUGUGGAAAAACAGUGCAACAAAUGUAUGAACAUGAAAAGACUGAUGCACAUCGAAGUCGAGUAAAACAUCAAGGAAUAUUGACAGAAUUGGAUCGAGUUGUUAUGACAACUAAAAUGGCGGUGAGAGAUUAUAUUUGAAAUUGUUUGAAAUUCAAAAUAACUCUCAGUUGAAUUCAACUUUGAGAUCAAGAAAUAGCCUAAAAAAUCCACGUCGUGUUAAUUUUCCAAUUCUUUCAAUCCCUUUAUUUUUCCAGCUAAGUCGACGAAAACAAAAAUCGAUUGAAAUGUUGCCUGAUGACGUCAUAUCGGAAAAUAUGGAUCCAAAUUCGAAAAUUGAUAUUGAAAAAUAUGAAUAUGGUGAAAAUAAAUAUCGAAUUUGUUGGAAUAAAUUGAUGGAACAAAAAAGAGCAAAAAUUACUAUCGAUGAUAAUUGUAAUGAAAAGGAAAAAGUCGAAAAUGGUGAGCAUUUUUUGAGGGGAAAAUUGGGAAUUGCAAAAAAGAUUUAAAAAGUGAUAAUUUCUUUGAAAAAUGUUCCGAAAGGGGGAUUUCAAAACUAAAGUUAUGAGACAAAAAUUAAACUGAUACCACGUGGCAGACUGUGUGGAGAAAUUUAGCUUCAAAAUUUUCCACGUGGAUUUUCAGCAUUAAAACUCGCCUUAUUCAAUCUUUUCAGUCACAAAUCAUCCACCAAUCGCCACAUUUUUCAAUCAAUCAAACGAAGCCGCAUUUUUGUCAUUUAUCGGCGCAAUUUAA